GUUGGGGGGGUGAGCCAAAGUGGUUCCGAGGAAGCUGUAGCAGUCAUGACUACCCUCCAGGCUACGAAGGAUCCUGUCCUCAGGGGUGUAUCUCCUACCCCUAGCAAGAUUCCCGUACGCUCUCAGAGACGCCCGCCUCUCCCCACAGUCAAACCCUGCGCCCUGGACCAGGAGAACCAAGAUCCAAAGAGAUUGGUGCAGAAGCCCAACCUCGACUCAGCAGGCCCCGGGCCGAAAGUCACACAUCAAACAGAGAAAUCAGAGAGAUCGGUGGGGAGCACUCAGCUCCGGAACCCCUUGGAGGAACUGAGGCCUAGCCCUGGGGGACAAAAUGCGGGGCCUAGGCACCCUCCCCAGACAGAGGCUCCAGGGACUGUAGAGUUUGUGGCCGACCCCGCAGCCCUGGCCACCAUCCUGUCAGGUGAGGGGGUGAAAAGCUGUCGCCUGGGGCGCCAGCCCAGUCUGGCUCAGAGAGUCCUGAUUCGAGGGAGCCAGGGAGGCACCACCCGUAGGGGCCAGGGUGCCCGCGCCUCUGCAUAUUUAGCCCCUAGAACCCCUGCCCACCGACUGGACCCUGCCAGGGCUUCCUGCUUCUCGAGGCUGGAGGGACCAGGACCCCGUGGCCGGACCUUGUGUUCUCAGAGGCUAGAGGCCCUGAUUCCACCUUCAGGACCUUCCUUUCACCCCUCUGCUCACCCCAGUUUCCAGGAGCUAAGAAGAGUGACAGGUGGCAGCAGCCGGACUUCAGUGAGCCAGACCUCAGGAUUGCUCCUGGAGACCCCAGUCCCGCCUGCUCCCUCUCUCCCUGAAGGAGAACAUGAAGUUGUUACUCGCUCAGAUGAAGGAGGAGGGGGCCCCCUAGGUCUGGCCCAGCGGGUACCAUUAAGAGAGAUAACCCACACCAGGGACAACAGUGCCUCCCACCUGAUAUCCUCCCCUGGCCGAGUGGUGCCACCGUCCAUCACCCACCCAUCACCCUUUGGACGGGCUCAGCGCAUACCCUCUCCUGGCCCCUCAGCUCCAGUUUGUAUCCACCACUCCAGAGGGUGGGGGGCUUGCUGGCCCUCAUAUUCGGUUUUGAGGCGCCUUGCCAUUCGUCCCAAAACCCAGUUCACACCCAUCCGAGCGGCCCCUAGGGUUCAGCAGGCCCAGGGUUUGAGCGGCCUCUCCCCUCAGUCAUGCCCUGAAGAGCCUGCCCUGCCCUGGGAGCAGAUUGCAGUCCGGUUAUUUGACCAGGAGAGUUGUACAAGGGUGCAGGAGGGGCCUGGGAAACCCCCUGUGGCAGCUUCUGACCCUAGUACACCUGCCACGCUCCAGGAGCUGAAGAUGCAGCGCAUCAGUAUCCUGCAGGAGUUGUUGCGACAAGAGGUGGAAGGGCUGGCUGGGGGCAAGUGUGCCCCCCUUAAUGGAGGUUCCUCUCUGGAAAUGGUUGAACUUCAGCCCCUUCUGGCUGAGAUUUCUAGAACCCGGAAUGCCCCAGAGCAGAAUUCGGGGGCCUUACACCUUCCUGGACUGUUCCAGCGCCCUGGGCUACCAGAGCCCUGUGUUCCAGAGGAGUGUGGGGAAGCGCAGCCCUGCCCAGGAGCAAAGCCGGAGGCAGCUCAGCCCUGCCUUGCAGCAGAGCCAGAGUCCCCAGAGUCCAGCCAUAGCAGGGAGCCUGAGAUACCAGAACCCUCUGUCCAGGAACAGCCUGUGAUAUCAGAGCCCUGCCCUCCAGUAGAGCCCGGACACCUGCAGGCUGACUCCCAUAGGCACGCUGGACUCCUAGAGCCCUCCCCUAGGAUAGAGCCUGGGGCAUCCGAGGCCUGCUUCCCGGAACCAAGUCUGGAGUCCAGCCCACAGCCCUGCCGCAGUCAGUGGGCUCCAGAGACCACCACCCUGAUCUUCUCCUCCCAGCACCCACUUUGUGCCAGCCCCCCUAUUCACUCACUCCAGUCUCUGAGACCCCCAACAGGCCAGGCAGGUCCCAGCAGUCUCGCCCCUCGAACCCUGGCCCUGAGGCAGCGCCUUAAAGCAUGUCUGACCGCCAUCCACUGCUUCCAUGAGGCCCGCCUGGAUGAUGAAUGUGCCUUCUACACCAGCCGAGCCCCGCCCUCAGGAUCCUCCCGGGUCUGCACCAACCCUGUGGCCACAUUACUUGAAUGGCAGGAUGCCCUGUGUUUUAUUCCAGUUGGUUCUGCUGCCCCACAGGACUCUCUGUCAUGAUGCAUCCACCUCCUGCCCUGCCUUGCUCCUUGCUCCUUUUAGCCCUUAUUUAUUGUCCACCCCGUGAGACUGGGAGCCCAUUCCCUUUAUUCUUCAAUAAAGUUUCUUAAUUGUC